UUGCUAAUCUUAGUAAAUCAAACAGUUGUUACCUAUCCACGACUUGACUCCAAACGCCUCCCCUAUACAUUCAGAGCUUCAAUUCUCGUUUCCCUCAAACACCCAGAGUCAGAGACCCCUCUCUCUCUCUGAUCCCCAAUUCUCUGUGUCUUACCAGUUUCGAAGCCUCCGCCAUUUUAAGCAAUCUUUGAUGGGUUUGGAGGGAGAUGAAGAAAUGGCCGCCAUCCCCACCAAAUCCACGUUCAGGUACAACUCGCCCUUCGUCCAGGUGUCCCUCAUAGGCCUCGUAUGCUUCUGUUGUCCCGGCAUGUUCAACGCGCUCGCCGGCAUGGGCGGUGGCGGCCAGGUCGACCACUCGGUCGCCAACAACGCCAACACCGCGCUCUACGCCACCUUCGCGGUCUUCGGCGUUCUCGGCGGAGGUAUUUACAACAUCCUGGGCCCGCGGCUCACCCUUGUCUCCGCCUGCUCCACCUACGUCCUCUACGCCGGCUCUUUCCUCUACUACAAUCACCACAAGCACCAGGACUUCGCCAUUGUCGCCGGUGCGCUGUUGGGCGUCGGCGCGGGCCUCCUCUGGGCCGCACAGGGCGCUAUCAUGACCUCUUACCCUCCAACACACCGUAAAGGGACGUAUAUCUCGCUCUUCUGGAGUGUAUUCAACAUGGGUGGCGUCAUUGGCGGCCUUAUUCCUUUCAUUCUCAACUAUCAUCGCGGCGAAGCCGCUUCGGUCAACGAUGGCACCUAUAUCGGUUUCAUGGCCUUCAUGGCGGUCGGGGCGGCUCUUUCUUUGGCGAUUUUGCCACCCAGUAAGGUGAUUCGUAAUGAUGGGACUCGGUGUAGUAACAUCAAAUACUCCAACGUUAGGACAGAGUCGAUUGAGAUUUUCAAGUUGUUUCUGAACUGGAAGAUGCUGCUCAUAGUGCCUGCCGCUUGGUCCAGCAACUUUUUCUACACAUACCAGUUCAAUAACGUUAAUGGGGCGUUGUUCAAUUUGAGGACUAGAGGGUUGAACAACGUGUUCUACUGGGGAGCGCAGAUGUUGGGCUCGGUUGGGAUUGGGUACAUAAUGGACUUCAGUUUUCAGAGCAGGAGGAUGAGGGGGUUUGUUGGGAUUUCUGUGGUUGGGGUCCUUGGGACUGCUAUUUGGGCUGGUGGUUUUGCCAACCAGCUCCGGUACUCGCGCAGUCACACGCUGGAGAACUUGUUGGAUUUUAAGGACUCGGGUGCUGAUUAUGCAGGGCCAUUCGUCUUGUAUUUUAGUUAUGGAUUGCUGGAUGCCAUGUUCCAAAGCAUGGUUUACUGGGUGAUUGGAGCCUUGGCGAAUGAUUCUGAAAUCCUUAGCAGGUAUACUGGGUUUUAUAAGGGAGUGCAGAGUGCUGGAGCAGCGGUUGCUUGGCAAGUUGAUACACACAAUGUAUCAUUCAUGUCCCAAUUGAUUGUGAAUUGGUGCCUCACUACAGUUGCUUAUCCAUUAUUGGUGGUUCUUGUCAUGUUGGCUGUGAAGGAUGAGGCAAAGGGUGAAGAGGGAACUACCGACGAGGCUACUCCUACGUCAGCUAAGCCUACCUAUACAUGACAUUGAUUAUGGAGGGGUUUAAUUCUUCUCUCUCUUUGUUCUUGUGUUCUCCAUAAUGUCAUCUAAAUGUUUGGAAGUUGAAAAUUUCAUCUACGGGUGUAAAUGCUAUUUAUUACUGUCAUUAAUCAAGUUAUAGGGUAAUGUUUUGUGCAGAAUAUUUGUCCCUACUUCUUGUCGUGCUAUUUUUAUACAUAGAAUUCUGGUGGGUGGCUUUUGCCAGACGGCUCAGAACCAUAUGAGCGAUCUUUUCUUUUUGUUUUUAAUUAGGAGAUGAAUACUAUCCCAUCCAUUCAGAUA